CAGCAUGAAGACCUUACUGCUGUUGGUGACUGUUACCACCUUCUGUCUGACAAGAAUAGAAGCCGAUCUGUCGCCUGGCAGUCCUAACGUCUGCUUGGUCCAUGACACGGUGCUGGUGAGCAGACGUGUCUCUGCAACCAAACCGUAUGAACAAGUCUACUACACCUCCUGUACAGACAUUAUCAACCUCUUCCGAUGUACACGCAGAAGGACCAUGUACAGAGUACAGUAUGAGUCCAAAUGGAUAUCCCAGGUGCAGGCUGUAUACAGGUGCUGUGCAGGCUAUGUUGAAGUAGGCAGUUACUGUCAAGCUGUAUGCCAGCCACAGUGUGUCCAUGGGAUCUGCCAGUCACCGAACCAGUGUUCCUGCGAGGCUGGGUGGAGGGGGGACACUUGCAGUAGUGCCUGUGACAACUCGCACUACGGCCCCCACUGUCUGCAGCAGUGCCUGUGUUUUAACAACGCUACAUGUAACCCUGUGGAUGGUUCAUGUGCCUGUCUACCUGGACAUUACGGAGACCACUGUGAGUUCUUCUGUCCGGCGGGUACGUACGGGGAAAGCUGUCGUCAGACCUGCCAAUGUCAGAACGGGGCUACCUGUGAUCCUGUCACAGGGGCUUGUAGCUGCAGUGCUGGAUUCACUGGGCCAUACUGUGAGCAGCGUUGCAGUCCUGGUUUCCAUGGAGACCAGUGUGCGCAGGAGUGUCAGUGUCAAAACGGCGCCACGUGCCACCAUAUCCACGGGCUGUGCGAAUGUCGAGCCGGCUUUACUAAUGAGGUGUGUGGUGAGCCAUGUCCUGAGGGUACGUACGGUAUCAACUGUUCCGGUACGUGUAACUGUCACAACGGAGCUGUCUGUAACGUCACUACAGGACAGUGUAGCUGUCCACCUGGAUACUCGGGAGAAAGAUGUGAGAAGGAGUGUGAUGUGGGUUUCUAUGGCCCUAACUGCCUGAAACAGUGCAGCUGUGAGACCAGUCCCUGUAACCCACGUACCGGGGUCUGCCAGUGUCUGCCUGGGUACAGGGGGAAAAGGUGUCAACAUGAGUGUCAGGAUGGGUACUAUGGACUGAACUGUAGUCACAGGUGCACCUGUCGGAAUGGGGGCACCUGUUCACCUUUUGAUGGCAGCUGCAGGUGUCCAAGGGGUUUCAAAGGAGAGGACUGUGAAGAUGUUUGUCCCCAGGGUAUGUUUGGAGAUGGGUGCCGGUACCCGUGUGACUGUGCUAACAGAGCACAGUGUGACCCUGUCUCAGGGGUCUGUAACUGUUCUAGGGGAUGGAGAGGGCCUACAUGUUCAGAAAGUUGUGACCAUGGCCACUAUGGUAAAGACUGUAAGGAGCAGUGUCUGUGUGAGAAUGAUGCAAGUUGUGACCCUGUGAACGGAGACUGUUACUGUAAGGCUGGCUACAUGGGGAGGUUCUGUGAUCAAGAAUGUUCCCCAGGGUACUAUGGCCUGUACUGCAAACAACAGUGUCUCCACUGUGACAAUGGUACUACAUGUGACAGGGUGACAGGAGCUUGUUAUCCCUCAGUGCUAUCAGGAAGAACAGGAGAUAAGGUGGAGAGUCUGGACCCUGCUGGUGCGGGGAAGCACAUCGCCCUGAUCAUCGGAGUGGUCAUUAUGGUCAUCCUACUGGUCUUACUCAUCAUGGUGGUGGUGUGGUACCGGCGCAGACUCCGCGAGGAGAAACAGAAGAGACUCAACGGGCUCCCGUCUGUCGUUUACCAAGCUACCACCAGACCAAAUGACUACACAAAUGCAGAUGACAUUGUCGCGGCGGCCGUUACGGACACGAAAUCGCCCCCAGACCUUCCCAACCCGCUGUACCGGAAUCAACCAGCUCACGGCGGGCGCCCCGUCCCCACUGCGCCCCCCAACAUGACCAACAACGUCCUCUUCACGUCCUUCAAGAACCUGGAGAUGGAGAAACUUGGUGCGGUGGGCGGAGCGGAGGAACACGUGUACGCAGAGGCCGACGACUACAAGAUAAACAGGGACCCUAACGAGCUAGGAGCCUGUGGUGGCAGUGAUCCUCGAUAUGAAGACAUGAGGACCAAACUAACAAAUAAAGGAAAAGGAGUUUUCCUACCGCUGAGCACACACAGUGACUCUGAUGAUGAGAGCUACAGCAGUCCUGAGUCUCCCAUCUUACUGGACAACCCUUAUGAGAACGACACCUUCGGUUCCGCAGAAAACAUUGACGCACACAUCUACGAUACAAUACCACAGAGAGCUCCCUACACCAUCCCUCUACCCGAUAGAAUAGCCUCUAGUUGCUAGAUAUGCUAGUCUCCAAGCAGAUCUUUCAGUGGCCACAAAAGACAGUAAAAUAUGUUAGGUAUUUCCUAAAUGCAGAUCUUUCAGUGGCCGCAAAAGACAGUAUCAAAUUGGCCAGGUAGUAUCCAUUGGCCAGACAGUAUCCAUGCAUUGGCCACCCAACGUUCGGUGGCUAAUGGACACUCUUCUGGCCAAUGGUUACUGCCUUGCCACCGUAUGAUCUGCUUGGAGAUUAAGAUAUAAGGCAGUAUUAUGGAGAAAAACGAGAUUAAGCAUUUAUGUCCUUUGUUGCCAGUUAGAAAUACUAGUAGCACUUCGACAGAAUGUACUGUGCCUGUGUGAAACUUGGAUUUUUCACAGUUCUCUUUGGAUGUCUGGUCAACGUUGCAUUAAAAUUUUGCCUGUUACAGAUGUCAUCUUUUCUGACACAACAUUUCUAAACUAUAGGUGGGUUGUCAUCCUUAAAUAUGCCAAGGAACAAUGCACAAUACAUUACAGAUUUCACACAGGCGUAGUACAUUUUGCUGAUGUGCUGUAAGAAAUAUACCUGUUAUGUGAUACCCAACUUUUUUAAAACUUCACACCAGUUUAAAGUCUUACAUUUCCUUCUGCUGAAUCAAACUCAAGAGUUUAAGCUACGUGCUUAAACUGAAAAUUCGCUUUUGGCUCAUGAAAUACUCAUCUAACAUUUGUCUGGCUCUGUCUAUUGUAUAAGGAAAAACUAAUUUAAGAUACUGAAAACUAUGAAAGGUGUACAUAACAUCAGCAGUUUUCAUAAUUAAAAAGAAAACAUAGUUACCUAGAAAAAAUACUGAAGUAUUGUUUUAUAUUCUCAUUGAUAGAGUCACCAAUCUUAAAGAUUGGAAAAUUAUGAUACUUCAGUAAAGUUAAGAGACAAUUUCUCCACUUUUUGUUAUGUCUCUGAGUGUACAGUUUUUUCUGAAUGUAAAUAGAUGGAUUUGUCUUGUUGCAACGUUCAUAAAUAUCUUCAACAGUUCAGAUUUCUUCCGCAGUUUGCAGAAAUAACAAUUGUCACUCUGCUAUACUGGUUUAAAGAUUUAAAAAAUCAAGUGAGGAUGCUCAUAUUGUACUUGAUGCCAACAAGCCCCACCUUUUGAUAAUUCUUUGAAAAAAAAAACACAAAUUCUAACAAUUACAAUAAUCAGCAUAAGGCUUGCAUAGAUCUGUACAUUGUUUAUAUCUCAAAACAUAAACAGUUAGACGAAAGUGUACAUGUUGCAAUAUUGUAACCGGUAUGUUGCCUGAGGUAUGAAUUCAGUAACAAUUUAAGUCUAGUUUUCUGAAAAUUGCCAAUAGCUUCUGGCCCAACCACUUGUGGAUACAGAUACAUUUAGUACCGUAUAAGUUAAAGCUGUACAGGCAUAGCUGAAGUGUAGUACUAUACGAAGUGACGUUGUAGUUGAAGUGUCAAACUUUAGAAUAGUAUUCAAGUUGAUAUAGACCAUGGGAACAUAAUGGUAAAUUUGAAGCAGCAAAACUAUAAAAUCAUGAACAGCAAGAAAAAUGUAGAACACACUGUCACAGACUUUUGAACUUCUAUGUUCUUGUCAGAUUACUAACUAUCAAUGACUUGUUGCCUUAAAAUGUAUCAUUUUAAUCUCAACUUCAACACGUAUAGUUCCAUGUACAAUGUAUCAUAAUUAUGUUGUAUUACCACUUUGAAACUAGACGAAAUUACUUUUUCCAUUGUAAAUUGAAGUAUAGUUUUAUAAGCCCUUGUUUCAUUUGUAACAAUUUAGAGGUAAGAAUUUGUCAAAGAGGUUGAUUUGUACAAAUUUUCGACAUUUUCUGACAGUUUUCAAAGACCUACAAAAGUUUCCUACUUUUUGCAAGAGAAAAACUUGACUAGUGCCAUACUGAACACAGUAACAUCAAAACUUGAAAGUGUUUGUAUAUAAUAUUUAUUUUGUAUAUUGA